GCAUAUUUGGGCAAAAUAUAAUAACUAUCAAUAUCUCUCUCUCUAUAUGGAAUAACUAUUAAUUUCUAGUUCCCACGCCUGUACAUAUGUGGGAGAUCGAUGCAUGAAGACCUCUUUAUAUGUUGGUAAAAUCACAAAGACAAAUCGACCAUAAUUACAGCUAGCUAGCCUAGCCAUGGAUAGCAGCAACAGCAACAUAAUCCCUCUCAUCGAGAAUCAUAGCGACCACGAGGAGAUCAGAGAUUGUCAUGGAUUGGUUAAGGAGUUUGGGCAGGAAUCCAAGAGGCUGUGGCAGCUGGCCGCCCCGGCAAUCUUCACGGCCAUUUGCCAGUACUCCCUGGGGGCUCUCACUCAGACGUUUGCCGGCCAAGUCGGCGAGCUUGAGCUCGCCGCCGUCUCCGUCGAGAACUCUGUCGUCGCCGGCCUCGCCUUCGGCAUCAUGUUGGGAAUGGGGAGUGCAUUGGAGACAUUGUGCGGGCAAGCAUACGGUGCAGGGAAUCUCAAGAUGUUAGGAGUGUACAUGCAGAGAUCAUGGGUGAUUUUGUUGACCACUGCCUGUCUUUUGGUACCCCUCUAUGUUUGGUCGCCUCCUAUCCUUGAGCUUUUUGGAGAGACCGCUGAAAUCUCUCAUGCAGCUGGAAAGUUUGCUCUGUGGAUGCUUCCACAGUUAUUCGCCUACGCGCUCAAUUUCCCAAUACAAAAGUUCUUACAAGCACAGGGGAAAGUCCUGGUCAUGACUUGGAUUUCCGCUGGGGUAUUGGUGCUACAUACAUUUUUCAGUUGGUUGCUAAUACUAAGACUUGGGUGGGGCUUAACUGGGGCAGCACUCACGCUCAACAUCUCGUGGUGGACAAUCGUUAUUGGUCAAUUUUUGUACAUCGUCAUUACCACGUCAGAUGGUGCUUGGAGUGGAUUCUCAUGGCUGGCAUUCUCAGACUUGUUUGGCUUUGUUAAGCUUUCUUUGGCUUCUGCUAUUAUGUUGUGUUUGGAGUUUUGGUACAUGAUGGUGCUGGUGGUCAUAGCAGGCCGUUUGCCGAAUCCUUUGAUCCCGGUCGACGCCAUUUCUAUUUGCAUGAAUAUAAAUGGAUGGGAUGCAAUGAUUCCACUUGGAUUUAAUGCUGCAAUAAGCGUGAGAGUGUCAAAUGAGCUUGGAGCGGGUAACGCCAGGGCUGCAAAAUUUUCAGUCAUAGUUGUUUCUGCUACUUCAGUUGCCAUAGGAGUCAUUUGCAUGAUCAUAGUAUUAGCUACUAGGGAAUACUUCCCUAUCUUUUUCACAAGUAGCGAUGCCGUUGCUAAGGAAACUACCAGACUUGCAAUCUUGCUCGGCUUCACAGUGUUGAUGAACAGCCUGCAGCCAGUGUUAUCUGGUGUUGCUGUUGGGGCUGGUUGGCAAUCUCUUGUAGCAUACAUCAAUAUCGUGUGCUACUAUGUUGUUGGACUUCCAGCUGGAAUUCUUCUGGGUUUCACAUUUGGUUUCGGAAUCAUGGGUAUUUGGGGAGGAAUGAUUGGAGGCACUUCCUUGCAAACCAUAAUAUUAGUAGUAGUUACAGUAUUAACAGACUGGAACAAAGAAGCUGAACAAGCAGAAGGUCGCAUUAGAAAGUGGGGAGGCUCAGCUGCAGAGCAGUACUAACCUAUGAUUCAAAAGACAUGCCUCAUUUAUGGCGUUGUGAUCAGAAAUGGUCCCGUUAUUCAAUUUUGGUAUCAACUUUGGUAUCAUAUCUUAGAUCUUGUAGCUCAGACUAUUCAUUUUUUUAUGAUGUGGAUUGGUGGAACUCGGUUUUGUUGCAUAAUCUUAGAUGGUGUAGUUUAUGCAUGAUUGAAAUCUUGAUGAAACUGACUUUAAUAAAAAAUUAGUUCUCUUAUAAUGUA